AGAAAACUCUCCUAGCAGUCGAGAUGACUCAGUAACUUUUCAGCCGGGAUCUGCUUUUCCACCUCCUUUUCUCCCCCCCACCCCACCCCGGCCUCGAAUCCGUUGGUUCCCCCGCAGCCUGGAGAUGUAUUCUUCGCCUCUGUGCCUCGCCCAGGAUGAGUUCCAUCCCUUCAUUGAGGCUCUCCUUCCUCAUGUCCGGGCCUUUGCCUACACCUGGUUCAACCUGCAGGCUCGGAAACGCAAGUACUUCAAGAAGCACGAGAAGCGGAUGACCAAGGACGAGGAACGGGCUGUGAAGGACGAGCUUCUGAACGAGAAGCCAGAGGUGAAGCAGAAAUGGGCCUCCCGCUUGCUGGCCAAGCUGCGCAAAGAUAUCCGGCCCGAGUUCCGUGAAGACUUUGUCCUCUCUAUUACGGGCAAGAAGCCCUCAUGCUGCGUCCUCUCCAACCCUGACCAGAAGGGGAAGAUGCGUCGGAUCGACUGCCUGCGCCAGGCUGACAAAGUGUGGCGCCUGGACCUCGUCAUGGUCAUCCUUUUUAAGGGCAUUCCCUUGGAGAGCACUGAUGGGGAACGCCUCGUCAAGGCUGCGCAGUGCACCAACCCCGUCCUAUGUGUCCAGCCCCACCACAUCAGUGUCUCCGUCAAAGAGCUCGAUCUAUACCUGGCGUAUUUUGUUCGUGAGAGAGAUUCAGAUCAAAGCAGCAGCCCGAGGACGGGAAUUGGUUCAGACCAAGAGGACAGCAAACCCAUCAUCACGCUGGAUGCGACAGAUUUCCAAGAAAAUUUUGUCACAUCAGGCGUCUUCAAUGUCACAGAGCUUAUCCAAGUCUCCCGAACGCCAGUGGUGACGGGCACGGGGCCAAAUUUCUCCUUGGGGGAGUUGCAAGGACACCUGGCUUAUGACCUAAAUCCUUCCAGCACGGGGAUGAGACGGACACUUCCAAGCACCUCAUCCAGUGGGAGUAAACGGCACAAGUCGGGUUCCAUGGAGGAUGACCUUGACACAAGCCCGGGGGGUGAAUAUUACACUUCUCCCAGCUCGCCCACAAGUAGCAGCCGCAACUGGACAGAAGACAUGGAAGGGGGCAUCUCCCCGACUAUCAAAAAGGACAUGGACAAGUCUCCUUUCAACAGCCCGUCACCGCAGGACUCAUCGCCUCGGCUGAGCAGCUUCACCCAGCAUCACCGUCCUGUCAUUGCUGUUCACAGUGGUAUCGCCCGAAGCCCCCACCCUUCCUCUGCUCUGCACUUCUCCACCACCUCGAUCCUGCCCCAGACGGCCUCCACCUACUUCCCCCACACAGCCAUAAGGUACCCGCCUCACCUGAACCCGCAGGAUCCUCUGAAAGAUCUCGUCUCGUUGGCCUGUGACCCGUCCAAUCAACAGCCGGGACCGUUAAAUGGAAGUGGCCAAGUGAAGGUACCCGGGCACUACCUUCCCCCACAGAUGUUGGCACCGCCGCCCCCCGGUAUGCCCCGCCUGGCAAUCUCACCUGAUACCAAAUCCACCACGACAACUUCCGAGGGAGGGACCUCCUCGCCGACAUCACCCACCUACUCCGCCCCAGGCACACCCCCUGCGAACCGCUUCGUGGGAUUAGGACCACGAGAUCCUGGCAGCAUCUAUCAGGCCCAGUCCUGGUAUUUAGGGUAGUUGCCGCUUGCUGGAUCUUCACCUCCCUUUCCUCCCGGGCUAUGGGCUUUCUUCGAGGAGAGCGAUGCAGACCCCCCCUCCACCCCUUCAGCCCAAACCUUUGGUGGCAAUGCAAAGAGAGCCAGAGAAACUGAACAACAUUGCAAGAGACUACGGAAGGAUGGAAAGCAAGGGGGAAAGGUUCAGACUUUUUAAAAAAGUUAUAAACAACAACCUCUCCCUGCCAGCACCCCCCAGGGGGGGCCUCCCACCAUCUCAACCCUCUCUCCAGCUGGAACUCCCGCCUGCUGCACUCUCCGAAGGGAUUCAUAUGCAAAAGUUUGUGAUUGUUUUCCCAUCUCUUGUGAGUAGAAAGGACAAAUUCACCUGGGCCUGCUGCAGGCUCCUCCCCCUGUUUUUUCACAACCCCUUUGGAGCGGGGGAGGAUGGUGGCAGAAUGACCAAGAGACUGUGGAACCACAGGUCAAGAGGAUCCACCGCGAAGAUGCAGUUAGUAGUCUUUCUCCCAAGAGGGAAAAAUGUGGGUCAUCUUUAAACCUACAUUUCUUCCCUCCCGCCCCCUCCCCCACACGUUUUGCUUUCCGAGGGGGGUUUGCCAGGUCCUGGCAUUUACCAAGAGGGUGUUAUCAAGACUACAGAAAGGGCAUGUGGCUUGUUUUCUGUACUCUUUGUCUCGAAUGCUUUUGCUUCCAUCUCAAAAGAGGUGCUCUUUGGAAAGGGCCAAGCGCAGGGGUGGGGGAGACAUGGGACUCGAUUGGUCCAGCAGAGGCCAGCAUGGUCGGGGGAGGGAGAGAGAGAGGUGGGAACAGAUUUAAGCCACGGAAAGUAAAUAAGA